AUGAGCUUUAUACGGAGAAUAUCCCCAAGCCAGCAACAAAACGUUCACAACAACAACGUACACCCGGGCGUUUUUCGGAAGAUAUCUGGGGACCAUAAGAAGGAGUCCAAAAAAGCCCACCAGCAGUCCAGUGAUGACCGAGUGGCACGGAGCAUCUUCGGGGAUGUCCCCCUGACGGAUUCGGAACGGCGCUUCCUGGCGGCCGCAAGUUGUGGUUACCUGUACGAAGUGCAGCAGUGCAUACAAGAGAACGGAAGUCUGAAUUUGAACUGUCGGGAUUACCUGGGCAGGUCUGCGUUGCAGUUGGCUGUACAGGGCGAGCACUACGACACGCUCCAGUACCUGCUCGAUAGAUGCAGCUUAGACGUCAUUGAGGAAGCUUUAUUAUAUGCAAUUAAAACGGAAAGUGUGAAAAUUUGUGAUAUCUUUUUGAAUCAUGCUAUAUAUUCGGACAGUCGCGCUCGUAUGGAGCUGGAGUUCCAACAUGGCUUCUACGACCAGGAGGAGAACAGUUCUACCUUUGCGCCAGAUAUCACCCCUAUCGUCCUGGCGUCCCAGUGCAAUAAUUUUGACAUCGUACAUAUGUUGUUACAGAAAGGGUUCUCUAUACAAAAACCUCACAACUAUUUCUGUUAUUGCACGGAGUGUACCAAUCAUAAAACCUUUGACAGGUUUGUGCAUUCUCGCUCCCGUCUGAACGCCUACAGAGGUUUAGCCAGCACAGCAUACAUCUCUCUCUCCAGCGAUGACCCUAUCGUCACUGCCUUUGAACUUAGCCGACAACUUCAUAACUUAGCAGAACGAGAAAAAGAAUAUAAGAGUGAGUACAAGUCUCUGUGCGAGUUGUGUAAGAACUACGCAGUGGAGCUUCUCGAACUGUGUCGGUCGAACGAGGAGGUGUUAGCGGCGCUGCACGGGGGGUCCAACACGCGCGACCUCUCGCGGAUUAAACUGGCAAUACGCUAUGAGCAGAAAAAGUUUAUUGCCCACGCCAGCUGUCAAGAGCACCUCAUGUCCAUCUGGUAUGCUGGAGUGCCGUGGUUCCAGCACCAGGCCUUCCUCCUCAAGCUCUGCCUCCUGCCGCUCGGUAUCAUGUUUAUACCACUCACGGCCAUUGUUUAUGUUUUCCUUCCAUAUUCCAAGGUUGGUGAAAUUUUACGAAGUCCAUUUAUGAAAUUUAUGAACUACGUUUGUUCCUACACGGCGUUUUUGUUGUUGUUGUUUGUGGAGACUGCCUCUCAGUCAGAGGAUACCAACCAGACCGUCACACCCCGAGGCAAAAGUCUCAAUCUUCUCCAGGGUACAGAGGGCAUCGUUAAUAUACUCAUCAUGCUGUAUAUAGUAGGCAUGUUUUGGGCUGAAUGCAAGCAGUUGUUGAUUGAGGGUGUGAGGGACUAUUUUUCGCAAAUCUGGAACUUCAUGGAUAUCGCCAUGUUGGCUCUAUACACCGCCUCGUUUUCGGUACAAGCCGUCGUCCAUUCGAAGGCGUCAGCUUUAAGAGAAUUCAACAAAUACAAUUAUGUGACAAUGUCGCCAGGUGGAGUGUUCAACCCGCAGAUAUUAGCAAAGGUUUGUUUCUCCGUGGCCAAUGUUCUCAGCUUCGCCAGGAUAGCCUACAUAUUACCGGCCAGUGAGAUGUUCGGUCAGCUUCAGAUAUCCUACGGCAGGAUGCUGCAGGAUGUCGGCAAGUUCAUCUUCAUCUACGUCACCGUGCUCAUCGCCUUCGUCUGUGGCCUCUCCAGCCUUUACAGUCUCAACAACAGCCAACACUUCAACAAUAUAAUAUCGACUACGGGUACUUUGUUCUGGGCGACGUUUGGUAUGGGCAAUUCAAAAGCGCCGGACCUGGAGAGGAGUACGGUGGAGUCUAUACCAGACGCUGACCAUGAUGUCAUCGUGUCGGUCGGCUAUCUCCUCUACGGUGUCUACAUUCUAGGAGCUGUCGUUGUCCUCAUUAACAUGCUGAUCGCCAUGAUGAGCAACACCUUCCAGGAGAUACAGGAUGAUGAAGACGUGGAGUGGAAAUUUGCCAGAGCAAAGUUAUGGAUUUCCUUUGUGGAGGAAGGUUCUACACUACCCAUUCCUUUCAAUAUCAUCCCGACGCCCAAGUCUUUGGCCAGACUGGUCAUGGAGAUCAAACAGUGUUGCUGGAAGCGAUUGAGCCGUGGAGACGACUCUCAGGGAAGAGGACAGGGUGUCAACAUGGACUACAAGGCCAUCAUGCACAGGGUUGUCCUGAGGUACAUUCACAAAAUGAAGUUCGACAAGAAAGGAGACCCAGCUAAAGAUGAACUAUCAGAGGCCAGGGAUGACAUACUGACACAAGUGUGUAACGUCCACGCCAAGCUGUCGGAAAGAUUAGGUCGCAUUGAAAGGGAUAUACGGUACCUAGAAACAGCGGUGACCGGUGACAAGCUCUUCGCGCACAGGAAUUCCCCGGGGGUGCGGCGUAUGCAGCCUGCAGGGGCUGAAAGCACAUCGGCAGGUGGGACCGCCUUCCCCAGAGUGGAGCAGAUCUAUCGGGCUCCCAGAUACGACACCAACCGGUCCCGAUGGUCCCAAGACCGCGAGACGCACCACCGGCACGCCAGCGAAAGGGUGCCGCGAACUCAGCCGAACUGGAACACCCAGCAUAGGGCGAGCUACACCGCUGGCGGUGCCACCCGAAGGCGCCAGUUCAACUCAAUCUACCUGAGAGACUUCCGGCGGCCCGAACGGUCCAGUGUCACCGACCCCACCUCGGAGAGUAACUUCAUGGCAGAGGUGCCAGAGCUGGUCCCCAGGACUGAGCCUCUUCAACGAAAAACUUUCCCCUCUAACGAGACAUGAGACCACUGAAUUAAGUUUAGCGGGUUGGUCUGUUAAGUUUGUGCGCUGCAUGGUCACGUCUUCCUCACUGGCCAGUUUUAACCACGUGACCCAUACAGGCUGCUACAAUGAAGUCCAUUCCGACUGAUGCAAUAAGCCCUAACGCGCACGCGUACGAACUCCUACAUUUACCCAAUGGGACGUACUGUAUGCAAUAAUACC